GAUACAAUUGAUCAUACAAUCGUAUUAAUAUGAUUUUUUAAUUUAAUAGAUAUUAAAUAAUAUAUAUAUAUAUAUAUAUAUGUAUAUAUAUAUAUAUAUAUAUAUAUUAAUGAUUAACUAAAUGAGCAAUGUACAUAGUAAAAUGUGUUUUGGUUUAAAAAACUAUUACAUACCCAAAAUCAAUAUGAACCAUCAUCAUUUUCGUUUAAAAUUUUGUCACAGUAAAAAUAUAGGAUUGGACAAAAAAUUCUGAAUCCAUAAAAACCGAACCAAGGCCGAUCCAAAGAAUAGUACUGAACAUUAACCAAAAUUGGUUAGAUAUUCGAAUGGGUUCAAAAUUUUGUUAUCUAUAGAACCAGAACAGAACCCGAUCCAAACUAUAAUACUUUUAGGUAUCUGAAUAUAUAUGAACAAGAUUUAUAUACUUAAAUAUAUUAAUUAUUUUUAAAUUUGAUAUCUAAAAGACUAUACAAAACGUAUAAGACGUUUUUAAGUUAUCCAAAAUACUUGAAAUAUAUACAAAUAGUUAUAAUUACAUGUUUAAAAUAGCUAAACGAUACUUAUACUACCUAACAUACUUAAAAUAUCUAUUGAUUUUCUAUCCAAACAUUUAAGCUGAACCAAUUUUGAUGUUCAGUUUAAAUAUUUUGGCAUACAUUAUUCAAAUUUAUAUGUCAUAUAUUAUUUUUAUUUUUAGAUUUUGAAAAUUUUAAAGUAUAUAUGAACUUUAAUUUUUGAAAAAAAAAUUAAAUAGGUUAUCAUAACCCAAAUCCGAACCAAACCCGCAAAGAUCUGAACCAAACUCUCAAAGAUCUGAAUCGACCCAAAUGUUACUCGAAUGUUCAUCUCUAAUCAAAUGUAUAAAGGUUGUUGAUAACAAAAUGUAUAUUGUUAUAAUAUUUAAGUACAAUAUAAUUUUAAAAAAAUCACCAUAUGCAGGGUGAAGAUUAUCAUCUAAUUAAUUAAAUAAAAUGGAAUCAUUUUAGAAACAAUUUCUUUGGAAUAAAAAAUAGAGUAAAUACAUUGAAAUAAAAUCCUACUCUAUUUUGGCCCGCACCAUUUUAGAUUAAGAAAAUGGAAUAAUGCAUUGAAGUUGCUCUUAAUACAUUUUCAUCUAAACAAAAGCUGAUUUUAAUUAGAAUAGACAGAAAAGAAGAAAAGAAGGAAGAUUAUUUCUAAAGAUUAGGGCUGCGACUCCGCUAAGAGCCCAUGAGAGGUAAACACGAAGCUUUCUUGUUCAUUGUUUCAAGAUUUCACUUUCCAUUUAUUCUCCUUUUGUCCGAUUGCUUUUUCUUUACCUUCUGGUGUAAAAUAUUCCUUAUCCAUCCUUUCUUUUCUUCUUUGGUUCAAGCGAAUCUCGACAAAAGCCAGCUCUCAAACGGGCUUUGCGAGUUAUCUUUAGUUCACCAGAUUUUCCCAAAGUUAUCAUAUGAACUAAUUUCGAUGUGAGUUUUCUAAAUCAAGAAACCAUUUCUUGAUUUUGACUUUUGGUUUCGUUUCAGUGAUCUGUUUUUCUUGGUAGACAAAGCAAACUUUCAAACUUUAGUUAGGGUUUCCAUCCCUUGAAAGAUCUCAUUCGUGGGAUUCGAUUUUGUGAGCACAAAUUAAAAUGGUAAGAGGAAAGAUCCAGAUCAAGAAGAUCGAGAACACUACAAGCAGACAAGUCACGUUCUCUAAGAGAAGGAAAGGUCUCUUUAAGAAGGCUCAUGAGCUUUCUGUUCUUUGUGAUGCCCAAGUCGCAGCAAUAAUCUUCUCUCAGAAGGGAAGAUUAUAUGAUUUCGCCAGCUCCGAUAUCCAGAAGACGAUCAAGCGAUAUGCCGAGUAUAAGACAGAGUAUUUCGUUGCAGAAAGUCACCCCAUGGAGCAAUACGUGCAGGGACUAAAGAAAGAAAUGGUAACAAUGGUGGAAAAGAUUGAAAUGCUUGAAGUGCAUAACCGGAAGUUGAUGGGGCAAAACCUGGCUUCUUGUUCGGUGAAAGAACUUCAAGAGAUAGCCACACAGAUAGAGAAAAGCCUUCAUAUUGUUAGAUCAAGAAAGGCUAAGUUAUAUGGAGAUGAAAUAGAGAAACUAAAAGCUAAGGAGAGGGAGCUCAAGGACGAGAGAGUCAGGCUUUGUGGAAGGGUUGGAGAAAGACCAAUGGGGACGCCAUCAAGUAGCAAAGAGAAAGAGGAUGUGGAAACGGACCUAGUUAUCGGAUUUCCGAAGAGCCGACGGUAACAUCUUUCUUGUUCGUUUAACAUGAUUUUAGCUACUUAUUAUCUCAAUUAAUGUCUGUAAAUCAAUAAUGUAUCAAUCACAUUUAUUUAUAUAUAAACCCAAAAUAAUGUGUCAGAGUGUACUAACUAUACUUUUCUUUGUGGAUGUAUGGUUUAAUUACUUAUUUCUUUAUUUUUGUUGAUGGUUUGAUUUUAUGGU